AUCGUCUCCAGCUGCACUCAGGAGCGCCGCCGACUGGUACGACUACUCGCCCAGUAAGCCAAGAUGGAGUCGCGCUUCUCACCGAGCAAAGGGACGUAUCCAUGCACACUACGCUUCCUUCUUCAAUGAAACGGAUUUUCCCCACCAGUCCUUCAGCAUCGGGCAACUGAAUACGGUCGGGCCGUCGGGGGGGGGGGAUUUUUUCUUUUUUUUCUUUUUCGGAUAGUCGCAAAUAUAUGAAGCCAUGAGCUCGGGGGGAGGCGAAGACACGACUAAGGACGGGGCCGACAUAGCGGCGUUUUUCAAAUCCGAUUGCUCUCUUCCCAAGUGUGAGGCUAAGCAUGAUUUAGCCGGACACACUGGGUUCAACAGAAAUGAGGAACUCAGGGCUAUCGAGGUGUUGCCAAUUCUCAAAGAGAAAGUGGCCUUUGUAUCAGGCGGCAGAGAUAGGAGGGGUGGCCCAGUUCUCACCUUCCCGGCCAGGAGCAACCAUGACAGGAUAAGACAGGAGGAUCUCAGACGCCUCAUUGCCUACCUAGCUGGCAUCCCCAGCGAGGAGGUGAGGAGGCAUGGCUUCACGGUCAUCGUGGACAUGCGCGGCUCCAAGUGGGACUCCAUCAAGCCCCUGCUGAAGAUCCUGCAGGAGUGCUUCCCCUGCUGCAUCCACGUGGCCCUCAUCAUCAAGCCCGACAACUUCUGGCAGAAGCAGAGGACCAACUUCGGAAGCUCCAAGUUCGAGUUUGAGACCAUCAUGGUGUCCCUGGAGGGCCUGUCGAAGGUGGUGGACCCUUCGCAGCUGACGGCCGACUUCGACGGCAGCCUGGACUAUGACCAUGACGAGUGGAUCGAGGUGCGGUUGGCCUUCGAGGAGUUUGCAGGUGGAGCGGCACGAGCUCUUGCCCGCCUGGAGGAGCUCCAGGGUCUGGUGGCGCCACGCGAGCUGCCCGGCGACCUGGAAUCGGCUCGCCGCGCCAUGGAGGAGCACGCCUCGCUGAAGAAGCGCGUCGCCAAGGCUCCGGCCGAGGAGCUAGACGCCGAGGGCCGUCGCCUGCUGCAGCGCGUGGAGAGGGGGCGGGGCGGCGACGCCCACGGCCUCUCCCCCAGGGUGUCGGUGCUGCUCGACAAGCUGCAUGCCGCCCGCCAGCACCUGCACCAGGCCUGGCACGCGCGCAAGCUCCGCCUUGACCAGUGCUUCCAGCUCCGCCUCUUCGAGCAGGAUGCAGAGAAGAUGUUUGACUGGAUUGUCCAUAAUAAGGGCCUGUUCCUGACCAGCUACACAGAAAUAGGGGCCAAACACCAGCACGUUCUGGAGCUGCAGACCCAGCACAACCACUUUGCUAUGAACUGCAUGAAUGUGUACGUGAACAUCAGCCGGAUCAUGACUGUGGGGAACCGACUCCUGGAGGGAGGACACUACGCAGCCAUGGAGAUCCAGCAGGUGUCCGGGCAGCUGGAGCAGGAGUGGAAGACCUUCGCUGCCGCCCUGGAUGAGCGCAGCGCCCUGCUGGAGAUGUCAGCCAGCUUCCACCAGAAGUCAGACCAGUACCUGAGCAAUGUGGAAUCCUGGUGUAAGGCCUGUGGCGAGGGUGAACUGCCCUCUGAGCUGCAGGACUUGGAGGACACUAUCCACCGUCACCAGGGCCUGUACGAGCACGUCACGGCUGCCUACUCAGAGGUGAGCCAAGACGGAAAAGCCUUGCUGGACAAGCUGCAACGACCUCUGACCCCGGGCAGCGCCGACUCGCUGACGGCCUCGGCCAACUACUCCAAGGCGGUGAACCACGUGCUGGACAUCAUCCACGAGGUCCUACACCAUCAGCGGCAGCUGGAGAACAUUUGGCAACACCGCAAGCUCCGCCUCCACCAGCGUCUGCAGCUCUGCGUCUUCCAGCAGGAUGUCCAGCAGGUCCUUGACUGGAUCGAGAACCACGGCGAGGCCUUCCUGAGUAAACACACGGGUGUGGGCAAGUCACUGCACCGGGCGCGCGCCCUGCAGAAACGCCAUGAGGACUUCGAAGAAGUAGCACAGAACACGUACACCAACGCUGAUAAGCUGCUGGAGGCGGCAGAGCAGCUAGGCCAGACGGGCGAGUGUGACCCGGAGGAGAUCUACCAGGCUGCCCACCAGCUGGAGGACCACAUCCAGGACUUCGUCAGGCGCGUGGAGCAACGCAAGAUCCUCCUGGACAUGUCCGUGUCCUUCCACACCCACGGCAAGGAGCUGUGGACGUGGUUGGAGGAGCUGCAGAAGGAGCUGCUGGAUGACGUGUAUGCCGAGUCGGUGGAGGCCGUGCAGGACCUGAUCAAGCGUUUCGGCCAGCAGCAGCAGACCACCCUGCAGGUCACCGUCAAUGUCAUCAAGGAGGGGGAGGAGCUUAUCCAGCAGCUCAGGGACUCGGCUAUCUCCAGCAACAAGGCGCCUCACAACAGCUCCAUGGCACACAUCGAGAGCGUGCUGCAGCAGCUGGAUGAGGCACAGGGGCGCAUGGAGGAGCUGUUCCAGGAGCGCAAGAUCAAGCUGGAGCUCUUCCUGCAGCUGCGGAUCUUUGAGAGGGACGCCAUCGACGUCAUCUCGGAUCUGGAGUCAUGGAACGUGGAGCUGUCCCAGCAGAUGGGCGAGUUUGACACGGAAGACCUGACUCUAGCCGAGCAGAGGCUACAGCACCACGCCGACAAGGCCCUCACUAUGAACAAUCUCACUUUCCACGUCAUCCACCAGGGCCAGGAGCUCCUGCAGUAUGUCACGGAGGUGCAGGCUUCUGGCGUGGAGCUGCUGUGCGACCGGGACGUGGACAUGGCCACGCGCGUCCAGGACCUGCUGGAUUUCCUGCACGAGAAGCAGCAGGAGCUGGACGCAGCGGCGGAGCAGCACCGCCGACACCUGGAGCAGUGCGUGCAGCUGCGCCACCUACAGGCCGAGGUCAAGCAGGUCCUGGGCUGGAUCCGUAAUGGCGAGUCCAUGCUGAAUGCUGGACUGAUCACGGCCAGCUCUCUCCAGGAGGCCGAGCAGCUACAGAGGGAGCACGAGCAGUUUCAGCAUGCCAUCGAGAAGACCCACCAGAGCGCCCUGCAGGUGCAGCAGAAGGCGGAGGCCUUGCUGCAGGCCAACCACUACGACAUGGACGUGAUCCGCGACUGCGCCGAGAACGUGGCUUCCCACUGGCAGAAGCUCAUGCUGAAGACGGAGGACCGCCUCAAGCUGGUCAACGCGUCCGUGGCCUUCUACAAGACCUCCGAGCAGGUGUGCAGUGUGUUGGAGAGCCUGGAGCAGGAGUACAAGCGGGAGGAGGACUGGUGUGGGGGUUCUGACAAGCUCGGCCCGAACUCCGAGUCCGACCACGUCACGCCCAUGAUUAGCAAGCACCUGGAACAGAAAGAGGCCUUCUUAAAGGCGUGCACGCUGGCUCGCCGCAACGCUGACGUCUUUCUGAAGUACCUACACCGGAACAGUGUCAGCGUCCCCGGGAUGCUGGCCCAGAUCAAAGCUCCGGAGCAGCAAGUCAAGAAUAUCUUGAACGAACUACUGCAGAGAGAGAACAGGGUCCUUCACUUCUGGACCAUGAGGAAGAGGAGGCUCGACCAGUGUCAGCAGUACGUGGUGUUUGAGCGCAGCGCAAAACAGGCCCUGGAGUGGAUCCAUGACACAGGAGAGUUCUACCUCUCCACACACACCUCCAUGGGCUCCAGUAUCCAUCACACCCAGGAGCUGCUGAAAGAACACGAGGAAUUUCAGAUAACAGCCAAGCAAACCAAAGAGCGAGUGAAGCUGCUGAUCCAGUUGGCGGACGGCUUUUGUGAGAAGGGCCACACCCACGCCGGCGAGAUCAAGAAAUGGGUGGUCUCCGUGGACAAGCGUUACCGCGACUUCUCUCUCCGCAUGGACAAACACCGCUCCUGCCUGGAGAAGGCACUGGGGAUCUCUUCCGACUCCAACAAGAGCAAAGACUUGCAGCUGGACAUCAUCGCGGCCAGCGGCCCCGGGGCCGAGGUCAAGCUCCGAGAUGCCAACCAUGAGCUCAACGAGGAGAAGCGCAAGUCUGCCCGCCGAAAAGAGUUCAUAAUGGCCGAGCUCAUUCAGACGGAGAAGGCCUACGUGAGGGACCUGAGGGAGUGCCUGGACACAUACCUCUGGGAGAUGACCAGUGGCGUGGAGGAGAUCCCACCGGGGAUCGUCAACAAAGAGCACAUAAUCUUUGGCAACAUGCAGGACCUCUACGAGUUCCACCACAACAUUUUCCUGAAAGAGCUGGACAAGUACGAACAGCUGCCUGAGGACGUCGGCCACUGCUUUGUCACGUGGGCCGACAAGUUCCAGAUGUACGUGAACUACUGCAAAAACAAGCCGGACUCCACUCAGCUCAUCCUGGACCACGCUGGUUCCUACUUUGACGAGAUCCAGCAGAGGCACAGGCUGGCUAACUCCAUUUCCUCCUAUCUCAUUAAACCUGUGCAGAGAAUUACUAAAUACCAGCUGCUUCUUAAGGAGCUGUUAACCUGUUGUGAGGAGGGCAAGGGUGAGAUCAAAGAUGGUCUGGAGGUCAUGCUCAGUGUGCCCAAGAGAGCCAACGACGCCAUGCAUCUCAGCAUGCUGGAAGGUUUUGAUGAGAACAUUGAGUCUCAGGGGGAGCUGAUCCUUCAGGAGUCCUUCCAGGUGUGGGAUCCUAAGACGCUCAUCCGGAAAGGCCGGGAUCGCCACCUUUUCCUCUUCGAGAUGUCCCUCAUCUUCAGCAAGGAUGUCAAAGACUCCAAUGGCAGGAGCAAGUACCUCUACAAGAGCAAACUGAUGACUUCUGAGCUUGGAGUCACAGAGCACGUGGAGGGGGAUCCCUGCAAGUUUGCACUCUGGGUCGGACGCACACCUACCUCAGACAACAAGAUCGUCCUGAAGGCCUCCAGCAUUGAGAAUAAGCAAGAGUGGAUCAAGAAUGUGCGGGAGGUGAUCCAGGAGCGAACUAUUCAUCUACGAGGGGCCCUCAAAGAGCCCAUCCACAUUCCCAAAGCCACCAGCACCAAACACAGGGGCCGCCGGGAAGGAGAGGACCUGGACAGCCAAGGCGAUGCUAGCAGCCAGCCGGACACCAUCUCCAUUGCCUCGCGCACUUCUCAGAAUACCCUGGACAGCGACAAGUUGUCAGGCGGCUGUGAGCUGACGGUGGUCAUCCACGACUUCAUGGCCAGUAACGGGUCGGAGCUGAGCGUGAGGCGGGGCCAGACGGUGGAGCUGCUGGAGAGGCCCCAGGACAAGCCAGAGUGGUGCCUGGUGCGCACCACCGACCGCUCCCCUGCCCAGGAGGGCCUGGUGCCCUGCUCCACCCUCUGCAUCGCCCACUCCCGCAGCAGCCUGGAGAUGGAGGGCUUCUUCAACCACAAAGACACGUUGUCGGUGUCCAGUAACGAGGGCGGGCUCUCGGGUAGCGCCACGCUGCAGCCGGCUCACCUGCAGGGCUCUCCGGGUGGCAAGCGGCCAGGCAACACCCUGCGCAAGUGGCUGACGAGCCCCGUGCGGCGCCUGAGCAGCGGCAGGGCAGACGGGCAUGGCAAGAAGCUGGCGCACAAGCACAAGAAAGGCCGGGACGGGCGGCGCGGGCCCGAGGCCGGCGCGCAAAAGGACUCAGACGACAGCGCAGCCACGCCACAGGACGAGAGCGUGGAGGAGAGGAUGAGGAGCGAGGGCCUGAGCAGCGGCACGCUCUCCAAGUCGUCCUCGUCGGGCAUGCAGAGCUGCGGGGAGGAGGAAGGCGAGGAGGGUCCAGACGCUGUUCCCCUGCCCCCUCCCAUGGCCAUCCAGCAGCACAGCCUGCUGCACCAAGACUCCCAGGAGGACAAGGCGUCUUCCCGCCUCUCCGGACGGCCGAGCAGUUCGGAGACGCCCAGCGCCGCCGAGCUCGUCAGCGCCAUCGAGGAGCUCGUCAGGAGCAAGAUGAGUCUAGAGGACAGACCCAGCUCCCUCUCCGUGGAGCAGGUGGAGAGCAGCAGCCCCUCCUGCAACUCCCUCCUGUCCUCCUCCUCGCCCGCCGACGAGAUGGACGAGCGGAAGGCGGGGUUCCUGAAGAAGCGGCACUAUGUGCUUUUGGAGAUGGUGGAGACGGAGAGAGACUACGUCAGGGACCUAGGCGCGGCGGUGGAGGGCUACAUGUGCCGGAUGAGGGAGGAGGGGGUCCCGGACGACAUGAAGGGCAAGGACAAGAUUGUGUUCGGAAACAUCCACCAGAUCUACGACUGGCACAAGGACUUCUUUUUGGCCGAACUGGAGAAGUGCCUGGAAGACCCUGAUAGACUAGCGCCCCUGUUCAUCAAACAAGAACGCCGACUGCACAUGUACAUCGUUUACUGCCAGAACAAGCCUAAAUCAGAACACAUCGUCUCCGAGUACAUAGACACCUAUUUUGAGGAUUUGAAGCAGCGUUUGGGCCACAGGCUGCAGAUUACAGACCUGCUCAUCAAACCGGUGCAGCGGAUAAUGAAGUACCAGCUCCUGUUGAAGGAUUUCCUAAAGUUUUCCAAAAAGGCCGGUGUGGAUUGCGCAGAGCUGGAGAAGGCCGUGGAGGUCAUGUGUGUCGUCCCUAAACGGUGCAAUGACAUGAUGAAUGUGGGUCGGCUGCAGGGCUUCGAUGGGAAGAUCGUGGCGCAGGGGCGAUUGCUCCUGCAAGACACCUUCAUGGUAUCGGACCAGGACAGCGGUCUGCUGGCCCGCGCCAAGGACAGGCGCGUCUUCCUUUUCGAGCAGAUCGUCAUCUUCAGCGAGCCGCUGGACAAGAAGAAGGGCUUCUCCACGCCGGGCUACCUCUUCAAGAACAGCAUCAAGGUCAGUUGGUUAGGACUGGAAGAGAGCACAGACGGCGACCCUUGCAGGUUCACCCUGACCUCGCGGUCCUCGACGGGCGGCGUCGAGCGCUACGUGCUCCACUCAUCCAGCCCGGCAGCGUGCCGGACCUGGGUCCUGCAGAUCAACAGCAUACUGGAGAACCAGAGGAACUUCCUCAACGCACUAACGUCUCCCAUCGAGUACCAGCGGAACCACGUGGGGGCGAGUGGCGUGGGCGGCCCCAGCGGCGGCCUCCCCGGGGGCGGCGGCAGCUUGGCCUCGGGCUGCGGAGCCUCCCGCUCGCGGGCCUCGCGGAUCCCCCAGCCUUCCUCCCGCCUCCCACAGCCCGUGCAGCACCACCCGGCCCCGGGGCCGGACGGCCGCGCCUCAGGUACGUGUCCCCCGGCGACGGCGCCUGACAGCCCCCUGAGCGAGCUGCGCGAGGAGCCCCAGGCGCAGAGCCCGGCCCCCAGGGCGACGGUAGCCCCUCUGUGCCUCGGCCCGCCCCGGGCUCAAGCGGGUCUCCCGUCGCCCACGCUCUCCCCUCUGAGCAGCCCCUUCGCCCCGGGCAGCCCUGCCCCGAAGGGCCCCAUUCCCUGGGCCUCUCCGCCACCGGCGGCCCCUGGCAGGCCCGGGCCCUGUGCGGAGCAGGUGGAGGUGCCCGGCCGGCACAAUCGCCGGCGCCCGAGCCACAGCAAGGAGCCGGACCGCGUCAGCACCUGCUCCUCCGCCAGCGAGCACUCCCUGCACUCCACGCACAGCAACGGGAGUGAAAGCAGUAGCAGUAGCAGUAUAUCCGCCAUGUUGGUCACCCAGGACUACGUGGCUCUCAAGGAGGACGAGAUUAGUGUGGUGCAGGGAGAGGUUGUGCAGAUCCUGGCCUCCAACCAGCAGAGCAUGUUCCUAGUGUUCCGGGCGGCCACGGAGCAGGGCCCCGCCGCCGAGGGCUGGAUCCCUGGCCGCGUGCUGGGCCACACCUCCACCGGCGCGCCCGACUACGCCGACGGAACCCUCAAGAAGUCGUCUUCAUGGCACACGGCAUUCCGAAUCCGGCGCAGGUCAGAGAAGAGAGAGAAAGAGGGCAGGAAGGAUUCCCGCCAGGAGAACGGCCACGACAGACUCCGCGACACUCCGGCCAACAAGGUUUCCGUGAAGCUUCUGAACCCGAAUUACAUCUACGACGUUCCGCCGGAGUUUCUCGUGCCCUUGAGCGACGUGGUUUGCGAGAGUGGUGAGAAGGUGACCAUCCGAUGCAAGGUGGGCGGCCAGCCGAGAGCCUCCGUCUCCUGGAGGGGACCGGACCGGGCCCCUCUGAGCGACGGCGGCCGACGUGUGCUCACCCACAGCGAGACAGGCGAGGCGACCCUGUGCAUUUCGGCCGUGACCGUAGAGGACGGUGGCGUGUACACGUGCAUCGCCACCAACGACGUGGGCGUGGUCACAUCCUCCGCCCGCCUCCGGGUGCAAGAGCCCUCCAAUGAUGGCAUCGUUUGGAAGGAGAACUUCGAGUCACUGUAUGUGGAGGUGAUGGAACUGGGAAGGGGCAGGUUCGCCGUGGCUAAGUGGUGUGAGCAGCGGGCGACAGGUCGCCCAGUGGCAGCCAAGCUGGUCAGCAAGAAGCUGGUGCGCCGGCAGCGGGUGGUGCGUGAGCUCGGCGUCCUCCGCCGUGUGCACCACCCACACCUGGUGGGCCUGAUCGAUGCCUUUGAGACCCCCAGCAGCUACGUCCUCAUACUGGAGAUUGCCGACCAGGGUCGUCUCCUAGAAUACAUCGUGAGCUGGGGGAACCUCACAGAGGAGAAGGUGGCCCUCUACCUGCGGGACAUCUUAGAAGCUUUGCACUACCUUCAUACUUGCAGAAUUGCUCACCUGGACCUGAAGCCCGAGAACGUGGUAGUGGAACAGACGUCUACGCAGGCCGUGGUCAAGCUGACGGACUUUGGCGACGCGGCACAGCUCACAGACUCCGCCUAUGUCCACUCACUGGUGGGCAGCCCCGAGUUCUCUGCCCCCGAGCUGGUGCUGGGCGAGCCGGCCACGUGUGCCGCCGACGUGUGGAGCGCAGGCGUGCUGGCAUACGUGAUGCUGAGCGGCGCCUCGCCCUUCCUGGACGAGAGCGCUGAGGAGACGUGUCUGAACAUCUGCCGUCUGGACUACAGCUUCCCUGAGGACUACUUCGGCGGCGUGAGCGGGCCAGCGCGCGACUUUGUGCGAGCGCUGCUUCGCGCCGAGCCUCCCGGGCGCCCGGCGGCGCACGUCUGCCUGCAGAGGGAGCCGUGGCUGCAGCCCGGAGGUGCCUCACCUCGUAUCCCCCUCGACACGGCCCGCCUGGUGGCCUUCAUUGAGCGCCGGAAGCACCAGAGCGACGUACGGCCCACGGACUCCCUGCGAGCCUUCGUGCGCGCCCGCCUCCUUGGGCAGGCCUGAAGGACAGGCCCUGCCCACGAGGGCGGAGCCAGAACUCGAGCCUGCAACAGACGUCCGGAAAUGACCUCCUCUUGAGUGCGUCGGACAGUGCCAAGCUUGGCCACCACUGGGGAAAUAUCCAGGAAUUUUGGAAGCCAGGAAUAUCAAGCUCUCUCUCAAAGGCCCAGAAAAGAAACCUCGUGCGGGUGGAAGUUGAUGGAGAAGAAGAUGGAGAUGGAAUCUCAUUCUCUUUUUGGAGCCAUGUUACAUAACGACGUGGCGCUGGGUUUGUAUACUGCUACUGCUGGAAAUCUGUACCGUGAUGAGAAACAAAACAAAACAAAAAUAGAAAACUAGAAUCAUGUCAGCCUCAUAAUCAUUUACUCUUUGUAUGGAAAAUACACACAAGCACACACACUAAAAAAACAAAACGACUUUUUUGAGAGUUUUCUGCUCUGAGCCAGAAAGGGCAAGCCUUUUGUUUAGACAGUAUUUGAAUCAGGUUGUUGCAGUACUACUGUACAGCUGUAUUCAGGAAAGAUUGCAUUUUGUACAAAAUAUGUAUAGAAGCACAGCCAAGGAGAUAUCUUUAUCUUCAAAGUUUUGGAGGGAAAAAAAAAAAAGAUUAUUUAAAGGUAGAAAAAAUAAACUGAUCAUGUGUUGACUUUAGAAUCAUUCAUCUCUGAAACAUUUUAGCUGUGAACUUGUUUUCAUCUUUUCGUGAGUAUGCCGUACGUUAUCAUAAGUAACAUAAAUGAAGUAAUCCGAAACAUUAAAUCUUCAAGUCCUUUUAGACGAGAGGAACACGAUCAUAAGCUUUUCAUUUACUUCCAUUCUGUAUAUCAGCCUCUUUUUUUGUAAAUAAACUGUACCCUGAUUUUUUUUUACGUUAAUUUGCAGUGAGUUCAAUUGCUUUCCCAUUGGCUGAGGUGCCCCCUCCAACUGGCCUAUCUGAUGCAGGUAGCCAAAGGGAGGCUCCGACAGGCAGGAAGUGCUGGUAACCAUGGCAAAAUGUGCACUCUUUAUAUUUAGUUGGGACUUUCCAUGUGCAAUGUUAUGGCUUUUGCAGCUAUUUAUAAUAACUGGUGUUAAACCUACUGAUGUUAAGUUAAUGUACUGGCCACUACAAGUUACUCUCUAGUGUGUCUGUGGCUCUGUUCCUGUGUUCAGUAUUAUUUUGUGGAAGGCUGAGCAAAUUUAGUGAAAAAUGUUUGCUAUCUCGCACUUUUUGCUUUUGCUUUUUUCUGAAUGUUAUCAAUUUUCAUUGUAAUACCAAAGUUAACCUUUUAUGUACCUAAAAGUGGUUCCUUCCUUUUUAGUGAUUUUGGUUUGAAAAGGAUUAUGAAUGCGAACCCUCGAGUUUGGUGUUUACACGUAUCAACUCUAACUUUAUUUAUGUCUUGUUCUUACUUUUUUCCUGCAGAUAGUUCAGCUUGUGCUACAUCUUAUAAUCAUUUCAAGGCCUUCUCAUUUAAUAUUCAAUCAUGAUAUAAGACGUAAAACUGUACACUUGCAUGGGUCAGUAAUGUCUGUAGACUCUCUUACCACUUCAAGGAUGACCUGAGACGGCGUGGGCAAACACACCAAGGCUAACCCUUAGUUCAGCUGUUUUAGUAUUGUUUAUUUCUUUUGAAAGGACAGUGUUUUAAGGUCUCAGACCAGUUUGUGGUAACUUGAUUAUUGAAUUUUAAAAUAGUUGUUAGUAACCAUGGGUCAAAAUGUGUGAAUUUUCACUUUUUGUUGUGUAGAUCUUAAUUUAUUUCAUUAUGUAUAGCUGUACAGAUUCAAACAACCAUAGGAACCUUGGCGUCAUCACAUUGAAUUUUUUACAUCCAGUUAAAAUGUCAUUUUGAAUGUCUUUGACUCAGUCUUGUGUUUUUGUGUAUAUUUCUUUGUACAGAAACCAUACGUUUGCACAUUCUGUGCUGUACAUAUUUUAUUUUUCCCCUGUUAUUUUUGAGAUUAAACACAUAAAGCAUUUUAUUGGUAA